AUGUCGGAUGUGUCGAACUCCUUCUCAGCUUGGGAGACCCUGCCGGAGGACGAACCUCCGCUGUGCAUCGCAGUUCGACGCCCAGUGUCACCUCCACGCCACUAUGAGGCGGAAUUGAUCCCUGAUCCUCACGAUGAAAACAGUGCCGGUAUCGCGUUGAGCCGUCCAACCAAGCGAAUCAGAAAACUCAGUAGAGCACGUGAAGCCUCAGUCACCUCUGGCUUUUUCUUUCUCCUUUCUGAAGGCUUUCCUUUUCGUUCACGCAAUGGGGACUUCCUUACCGUCUUGCACGUACGACGACAUAUGAUUUUCCAUGGUUUGAAGAUUGCCUUAUGGUACAUCAAACAAGUCACCUCUGGUUAG